AUGUUGCAAGGACCAUUACCAAUUCCUCCACCAUCCAUUUUUGAAUAUGAUGUCUUAAACAAUAUGCUGACGAGAGAAAUUUCACCUGAUCUGUUUUGCAAUAUGAGCUCACUUUACUACCUUGAUUUGUCUAAUAACAACUUGGGUGGCAUAAUUCCACCAUGUUUGGGAAACUCAAGUAGUUCUCUAAUAACUUUGAGCUUGAGAAACAAUUCUUUACGUGGUAUCAUUCCGGAAAUGUGCAACAAUAAUGGGAGUAACUUGAAAAUGAUUGAUGUUAGUCAUAAUCGGUUGCAAGAGGAGCUACCACAAUUGUUGUCCAACUAUUUGAUGCUUGAAGCAAUUGUGGUCUCAGACAAUCAAUUGCAUGAUUCUUUUCCAUCUUGGUUAGGAUCCCUUCCAUUCUUCAAAGUUCUCAUGCUGCGCAAUAAUGGGUUCUAUGGUGUAAUUGGCGUACCCAAAAAGGAUUUAGACUUCUCCAAUUUGCUGGUGCUUGAUCUAUCUUCUAAUAGUUUUACUGGUGAAUUACCAUCUCAAUACAUCUUUAAUUGGAAUACCAUGAAGUCUAUCAAACCUAAUGGCUUGAGAUAUAUGAGUGCCACUUGGAGCAUAACUUUUUUAAAUUAUUAUUACUACAGGAAUGAUCUGAGUUAUAGGAUCACAAUGAUGUAUAAAGGGGUACCUACGUAUUACAAUGCCAUCCAAGAUGUCUUUUCUUUCAUUGAUUUAUCAGAUAACAGAUUUGAAGGAGAGAUUUCUGGCUUGUUUGGGAGCCUAAAGGCACUUUACCCGUUGAACUUUUCCAACAACAUGCUCACUGGUUGCAUCCCAUCGUCGUUGGGGUAUUUAACAAAACUUGAGUCAUUGGACCUUUCUCGAAACAACCUCUCCUGUCAUAUCCCCCAACAACUGAAGCAACUUGGAUUCCAUUCAAGCUUUAACGUCUCCUACAACAAUCUCACAGGGCCUAUACCUCAAGAGAACCAGUUUAAUGUGUUUGACAUUAGUUCCUUUGAUGGGAACCCAGAAUUGUGCAGUGAUCCACUGCCAAAGAAAUGUGGAAAUUUACAAUCCUCCCCAUCACCUUUUGAGGAAGAUCAUAAGCAUUCAAACUCUAUACUCAAAAAAGACCGGAUAUCUAUAUUGGCAGGUUAUAUAAGUGGGCUGGUUGUUGGAGUGGUUCUUGCUGACAUUGCAAUGAAGAGGACCCCUGAAUGGUUGGUUGAGAUGCUGUCAAAAAAGGAGAAAGGCAAGGAGGGGACAAAGAACUUGAGUAGUUCCACCAAGCUUUAUAUGUUUAUGCUUUGCCAUGAUCUUGUAUUUUAA